AUAUUUUUGCUACAAUAUUGGUGAUUAGGUCAUUCUACCUAUAAUUGUAUAUUGCGGCAUUGGGAACUUUUAUCAGCUCAACAAUAAAUAACCAUAACCCAAACAUUUAUAAAGCACGGGAUUAAGUUUUAUUAAAUUUUCCUUAAAAAGCCAAUGAAACGUUUACAAAGUUAAACAUAACAGUUCUUGAACUUCUAGUAAAAUUGACUGCUUGUUGCUAUAAGCGAUCCUAAAUGGGGAAUUAAAGGAAAGCGACACAGCAUUGCAAGUAGUGCGAACUACUGUCAUGACGACGCUCUACCCGCGGAGGUGUACAGGUGGUUGAAACAAGAAUUAACCUAGUCUUCAAAUUUCGUGUUGCUAAUCUCUGGAAAAAGCAUCAUCUCAUAUUUGAAAGCAGUUGCACAACUGUAUAUUAGAAAUGGCUAAGAGAAUAGCAGCCAACCAGCUUACACAUGACAACUGGGAAGAAGAGGAUGUUCCUGAAGAUGCUGGCAUGUUCCAACAGGCAGACAAAAAUGAAAUAAAUCGAAGAGUUUUACGAAAGGCUAAGAGACGAAAUUUGGAAAAAAAUUCUACUGGCAGUGCAAAUCCUUUCUCAGGUUUUGGUGGCUUUGGUUCCAAACCAAUACCUGCUUCCAAUUCUGUUAAUUCAUUAAGUAAAAAUCCAUCCAUGCCAUUUACAAAUGGUACAACUGCUUUUCGUCAGUCUUCAGCUACUGAUAAAAAUGUAUGCUUGGAGAGCUCAUCAUCAACAGGAUUACAGGUAGCCACACAGAAUGUUGCUAAAAAGGAAAGUAAACCACUCUCCAGAGAUAUUAGAUACUACCAACAGUUAAAAACACUGAAUGAGAAUUUUGUGGAGUGGAUUCAAAAGCACCUGAGCAAAAGCCCUUAUUGUAAUUUUACACCUGUGUUUCAGGAUUAUGAGAAGUAUGUUAAAGAUAUUGAGAAAAAAUUUGAUGUACAGAAUUUAGACAUUGAGUGUACAGAACAAAGUACAACAGUAUCUUCUGGUUUGACACUUUCCUCAGAAAGUACAAGUACUACAACAUCAACAGCUGUGUUUAACUUUGGCUUUUGUUCUAAAACAAAUGAAGCUUCAAAAAUAACAAGUUCAGAAAAUUUUAAAUUCUUUCCAUCUGUAUCAUCCACAACUUCUACAAAAACUUUCAGCUUUGGAUUAAAAACAGCUACAGAGUCUACCAAUUCUGUUUGCUCUGGUUCACUGUUAAGCUUUGGCCAGAGUGGAACAACCACAUCAACUGCUAAUUCUUUACCCAUAACUAAAGAAUCUAACUCUAUAGGAUUUUCUUUCAAGACAAACAAUGAUCCCCAAAAGCUUAAAGAACAAGGAGGAGAAGGUACAACAUUGGGUAGUAAAGGUACGUUCAAGUUCUUUCCAUCUAUAUCAUCCACAACUUCUACAAGUACUUUCAGCUUUGGAAUGAGAACAGCUCCAGAAUCAACCAAUUCUGUUAGCUCAGGUUCAGUUUUAAGCUAUGGCCAGGGUGACACAAUCACAUCAACUGCUAAUACUUUAUCCACAGCUAAAGAAUCUGGCUUCACAGGAUUUUCUUUCAAGGCAAAUAGUGGUUCUGAGAAGUCUGGAGAUCAGGAUAAAAAUGAGAACUCCCAGAGUGAAGAGGAAAAUGAACAACCACCCAAGACUGAGUUCACUCGGGUUGAAGAAAAAGAUGCUGUAUAUUCUAAAAGAUGUAAAUUGUUUUACAAGAAAGGUGGCUCUUAUGUGGACAAAGGCAUAGGAACAUUGUAUGUAAAGAUGGUAGAAGAAACAUCACAGUUAUUAGUGAGAGCUGAUACUAAUUUAGGUAACAUUUUGUUAAAUGUUCGUCUAAGUUCCAGUCUCCCAAUGGAAAGAGUAGGAAAUAACAAUGUGCUUAUUGUUUGCAUUCCCAAUCCUCCUAUUGACCCGAAAACAUCUACUGAAUCAACUCCUUUCCUCAUUCGUGUUAAGAAUGGCAAAGAAGCUGAUGAGCUUCUAGAAAAGCUGAAUCAGUAUAAAUCUUAAACCUCCACAUUUGUUAAGUUCAUGAUUCUGAUUACGCCAGAUGUACGUUUCCAGGUUAAGGAAUUACUAGUUUUUAUUGUUGUAAAAUAUUAUGACUUGUGUAAGGAUGGAAAAUAAAGUUAUGACCUUUGGUAUAACUAGUGUAAAUACAAAGGCUUGUUAAAAACGUGUGUGGUUUGUCAUUCAAGUUUAAUCUUGGUUAUUAGUACAAGUCAAGAUAGAUAAUCCACAUCUAUGACCAAUGUUUUUGUAUGUGCUGGGUUAUAUGUGUUUAAAUAUUGUCUUUAUAAGGCAUACUUGAUAGUGUGUUAUUUGUUGCAUUGAUAACUAUAGAUAGCAAAUGAAUUUAAUGAAAUGUAUAUUACAUGAAGUAAUCUAAUGUAAUAAUUUUAAAAUUAACUGUUACAGAAUAGAAAGCUAAAGUCUUAAUCCCCAUUGGGUAGAAUUAAAAGGAGAGAAUUUCCAGUUUCAUCACAUUUAAUCCAAAAUAUAAUAAUCAGUUUUUUAUGUAUACAUUUAGUCAAUUUAAAGUAUAGGUAUCAAAGACAUUUUAGUACAAGUCAGAGAGCAGUUUAAGAUUCAUAUUAAGAAGCAUGGUUGUAUAUAAUUGAAAUACAUUUAUGAAAUUGAUCAUCUGAUUGGUCAAGUUACACUAGUAACUUUAAGGUUUUCGAGUGUGUUUUAUUAUAAAGAGAAAUAUUAACAUUUGAAGUGAAACAUACGAUAGCAUCACAUUAUGUUAGUGUAUCAUGUAUCUAUUAAUACAGUAUUAAAGAUACAGACUUAAUUGUUGUUAUGGUUAGUAGCCCAUGGUUAUUAAGUAGUAAUUUCUUUUAAUAACUAAAUACUAAUUAUUAAUUUGUUUUAUUGUGUGUUUCAGCUGCUUAAUCUGCUGUUGUCUUCAGGGAAGUCCUAGAAAGUCUGUGUCUGUAUUGGUAGAGGCUGGGAUUAGAUCCUGGUUCUUCUUGAUAGAGGUUUUCCCCCCAUAUAGAACUUGAAUCAGUUAACUAUCUGAAUAUUUUCAAGAGGAGUAUCCAGGUAUUGCAAACUUCUAUGCAACAUUGACUGAGUGUAUUAUCAGUAAGGUGUAUAUGUGGUUGAUAGUAUUAUUCCAGUUUAUUGUUUGGUCUUCUUUACUGGCAUGAUAGGCUACUGCAGAUAAAUCAUACUAAGUCAUGUAUUUCUGUCUUGUACCUGAAUUCUAGCUUUUGUUAGUCUUUUUUUUUCUCUCUGUCUCUCCCUCCAUUGUAUUGGAAUUCACAUUCACAAGAAAUGUUGUAAAUGGUGUUUUUCCUUUACUUUGUUCGUCAUACAGAUUUGAGUGGCUGUGGUUAAUCAAAAAAAAUUUUGAUGUUAAGAAAUAUGAAUCCAAGGGUUGCUGUUGUUACAGUACUUGACAAAAUUAUUAUUUUUGGCCCUAACCAUGUCAAUAUCAUUUAAAGAGAAACCAGGAAGAAUAUUUCAGGCAUGUCUCACAUCAGCUCAUUUGAUAAUCGGUUUGAAUUGGCUGUUAGCAACUGAACAUAAUUUCAUACAACAUCAAACUUGUAAAUAUGCAGAUAAAAAUUUUUCUUAGCUUAGAUUCAUUAGUAUAUGCAUGCUUUGAAAGUACUGGUGAAAAUGAAUUUUCUGAAUGGGAACCUGAUCCUUUAAUACUGUUUUUAAAGUGUUUUACAGACACUUGCUGGUACAUUGUUAAUGAUAACAGUAAUAAAUAUUUUAACAUUCAAACAUUUUAACUAAUAGUGCCAUGUACUUUAAUUUUAAAAAAAAGUCAUCAGCAGAAAGUAAUGUUUUAAUUAUGUUACAGGCAUAUUCCUAAAUUAGCUAGUUCAUGAAAUUACUAGAUAUUUACAGUUAUUUCGUAAAAUGACAAAUUUCUCAUUGUUCCUGUGGUGGACAUAUAUCCUACAAUUUUCUUAAUAUCUUUAAAUAUAUUAAUGAAGACAUUUAAAACUGUACCUUUUUUUUUUGGUUUUUUAUAGGUUUGUAUACAAGAUGGAUGUUAAAAUGAUUCCAAUAUACCUAAGUGUUUAUAGUGACAUAAUUUGUCUUUAGAGCUUCUGUACAUAGUGUAUUUCUUGGCAUGGCAAAAAAGUUGAAAGUUUCAGUUUAUACAAGUUUUUUUUAAGAUAUCUAGUAAUAUUGAAUAUAUGAAGAAACCAUGAUAUUAAGAACUCAUUUGGGAUUAAUAAAUAGGAAAAGCUAACAAUUCUGAAGAAGGAAGGUGUACAUUCAAAAAUCACUUGGGUUUUUGAGUGCAUGAGAAUAUCUUAUAAUUCUAAUAAAGUAAAAAUUUGAUUAAA